UCCAUCCAAUCAUUCAUCCAUUUCUGCCUUAGUCAUCUGUUUCUUUUUUCCAUUUAUCCCCGCCACUCUCAGCCAAUUCAAGGCUUCUCAUAGGCCUUGCAGCAAUGGAAGCAUCACAUAUGACCACCACCAACUUCUCUACCAUCGUCAUCAUGCUUCUUUCCUCGGCCAUCGCUGCUCAGAGCAGUGGUGACGUUGGUGGCAAGCCCAAACCGACGGACUUCAUGGUGGGAGCGUGCAAGAACGUUUCGAACUUCUCCCGCGGACACAACGAAGGAGACAAGUACGUGAGCCAAGAAUUUUGCAUCUCGACCCUCCAGUCCGACAACCGAAGCGCCAACGCCAAGAACCUCCACGACCUAGCGCUCAUACCCGUCGACAUCCUCAAGGAGCGCGUUGUCACCGCCGGUGGCAACGUCAAGAAAAUGUUGCAUAACACCAAGAACAGCACAUCGUCGACGGCACGCCAUCUCAGAAUCUGUGAGCUGGACUACGCGGCUACUGCGAGCAUCCUGAACUUCUACGACGCCUUGAUGAGGAACUACCAGGGUGAAAGAAGCGCGGGCCACGACGAUGACAAGCCGCUAUUCUCCAAGCUGCCCGAAUGUGUGGACAAAGUGUACGAGGUCUCCAGCUACUGCGCAAUUGCGCUUCUUGAUAUGCCGGGGGCGGAGGCGCUGCUCAAGGAAAGCCAUCAACUGGACAUGCUGAUCAAUCUCAGCAUCGCCUUGCUAGCACCAUACAAAGAUCUCGAGUCAUAAUGUGUUUAUCAAUGUUGCUCUAUCAAUUCUACUUUCAUUUGGAAUAAUAAUAUUAAUGUCGUCGUG